UUUGCUUCUCUCUCUGAUAUCAUCAUCUUCCUCCGAACAAAAAACUUAAAAGCCUCAACCCACCAUCUCAGCAAACAAACAACAAAGCAAGGCAUCAUAGGUUUUGCCAACCUUCCAAAGUCAUUCAAUUCAAGAAGAAUUCUAUAAGUUUUUCUUUUCUUUUUUUUGGUUUUACAACUUCAACCCAACCCCAGUAUCAUCUAUCUCUAUCUCUCUCGGUUGUUGCUGAUGCUGUUUCGGUGGGGUGCUGAGCACAAAGGGUUGCUGUUCUCUUUUUUGGUUACAGUUGGAGGCUCGUAGGCCCCCUUUUUUUCUUUUUUUCUGGGUAGAGAAGAAUAUAUAUAGGAUGGCAAUUCAAGCACAAAUGUAUACAGAGAAUCUUGGGUUUCCUUUGGGCGGUUCACAGGAUCUUUUGGUAGAUAAUGGUUGUGGAGUCCAUAAGUUUUGUCUCAAUCCGCCGCCGCAGCAGCAGCAGCAACACCACCACCACCACCAACAACAACAACCGGGACAACUCCCCAAUAUGCAAUUGCAACCGUUACAUAAUAGGCCACAAGAUUUCUACUUAAACAGCAGAUUAUUACGUGCACGAGAUCAAUCAAUGGCGUCGUUUUCUCCGAAUGUGGCUUCGCAGAUUGUGAAGCAAAACAAGGAGAUUAAUCAGUUAAUCAGUUUACAGAGUGAAAGAUUAAGAUUGGCGUUGCAAGAACAGAGGAAACAGCAAAUCACUUUGCUUCUGAAGAACUACGAAUCAAAGGCACAAUUUUUACUGCAACAAAAAGAUGAAGAAAUUGCCAAGGAAAUAAAGAGGACGAUAGAACUCGAAGAUUUGCUGACAAGGAUGGAGACUGAAAAUCAGACAUGGCAAAGGGUGGCCAAAGAAAACGAAGCAAUGAUUAUGUCUCUGAACAAUGCCAUCGAGCAACUCAGGAAGGGUAGUGGUGGUGGUGGUGCUUGUCAUUCCGGUGCUCAUGGGGUCGAAGAUGCAGAGUCUUGCUGUGAAAUUGUGAUGAGCUCUGGUCAUCCGGCAGGACAGGAGCAAAGAGGAGAACCGGACGUUCAAGUCAAUGAGGUGGGGAUGAUGAAGUGCAAAAUCUGCAGCAUUCGAAAUUCAUGCGUUAUACUGCUGCCUUGCCGACACCUUUGUUCGUGCAAUUCUUGCGUAGCCUUUAUUGAAUCAUGCCCCGUGUGUAAUGUGGUUAAAAAAGCUAGCAUAGAGGUCCGCCUUUGAUUGAGUCGUCCUCGUCCUUCCUAGAAAAUAGAAACUGACCCUCUGAUUUAAAUCUACUACUAUUUAGUUUGUUCAGAAAAUUGGAAGGAAACUAUUUAAAUAUGUGUAGAUUGAAUGAAUAGUGUAUGUCGUUGGCUUAUAUUUUUGUUAUACCUUUCCAUUUUUUCCAGC